AACCAAACAUGGCGGACGGUCUUGGAUUCGCGAGAAAACAACUUGAAAAGCACGGCUGGAGCGAAGGUAAAAUUACAUGUUUGAGCAAUGAGAACGAAAUUUUUACUAAUAAGGCUGUAAAUGAGGGAACAAGUAAGUUUGUGCCCUGACGGUUUUCAAGAAACCAAACGCAGAACGGUUUAUCUCCCACGUGGUACUUCGUCCCUUAAAAUAAACUUACAUUUUGUGGUAAAACUUGGCUUUAUGGCUAAAGACAGGGGCACUUUCAACCACCGAACCAAAGGACCUAGCUUGGCAACCACAUGAAACUCAUCUAAUUAAUGUAUUUCUCAUUCCUUUUGUCCAAUGCACAUGUAUGUGGGCUGAAAGGAAAUCAUCUGACGAACCUCUCUUAUCUUUGCCAGAACAACUCAGUUUAUAAUUAUGGAAGGAUAGGCUUAAGUUUAUCUUUUUCUUCUCAGUUAAUGAAGCCAUUUAAGUCACUUUUUAAUUCAUUUCCAGGUAAAGGACUUGGAAAAGAGGAAAGUGGGAUUUCAAAAGCCAUUAAAGUCAAUGUUAAAACUGAUUUGGCAGGGGUAAGCUACAUUUGUUUCGAAACUGUUUCCCUCCGUCCUCCCAACUUUUCCUUUUCCCUUUUUGGCGGGGAAACAUAGACAUGUUCAGAUCAAUUGAUCAAUCUUUGCAUCCUAUGGGACAUAAUAUUAUGCUAUGAAUUACUUUGCAUUUUGGGGGAUUUUUAAUUAUGCAACAGGGACGCAGGACACAGAGGUAACAAAAUCACUGCACAUGUUACAUUUAGUUACAGAAGUUCUCAUAAAGCCCUUAUGUUGCUUGCAAAAAAAUUGAGAAUUGCCCCUCUCACAUUUGUCUUGACCAUGGCAUUCACAUGCUUGGAUAAGUGGACAAUUUUUUUAUUAAUCAUCUUGCUUGGGAUCUUGGGCACUGGACAGAUUCCAACAGGAACUACUUGUUCCACACAACUGGAUGGGACCUUUUCUAAGCCCUUCCUCCUUGUCCCACACUACUGGAUGGGAUCUUUUUUGUGCCCUUCCUCCUUGUCCCACUUAUCUCGAUGGGACCUUUUUCAAGCCCUUCCUCCUUGUCCCACACAACUGGACAGGACCUUUUUUAAGCCCUUCCUCCUUGUCCCACACAUCUGGAUGGGACCUUUUUUAAGCCCUUCCUCCUUGUCCCACACUACUGGACGGGACCUUUUUUAAGCCCCUCCUCAAAGGUGAGGCUUUAAUUAGACUGACAUUCAUUCCAUUUUGUAUGUAGGUUGGUUAUGAUGCUGGAGACCAGUUUAGUUUUCACUGGUGGGAUCAUGUCUUUAAUAAAACUGCAAAGAGCAUUGUGGUCCAGGAAAGUGAGGUACAUUUUGGAAAGAACAUGUGUCUCUUGUCCAGCCCUUCUCUUGUAGAUCCUCAAAGAUAAAGUCUUUAUUUUGAAGUUGUCUUUUUUUAACUUUUGAGUCUGCACAUGAAAGCUACUGAUAAAUACUUUCUGGUGAUGCUGGCAGUUUAUUAUUCUGUAUAAGGCAGAUCAAAGUUUUGAGUCUGGGUUAAAUCCUAGUGUGAUCAUUGAGAGACAAAACCUCUUCAGCAGAGCUUUUAUUAUGUUCCUUGAAAUUCCUCCUUUUUAAUCAGUAGUUAUUUCAAAAUCUUGAGGUGUUUUUAUUAAUUGUGAAUUGUCAUUUCCUGAUUAGGAAGGAGUGACGGUAUUGAAAUCCAGCAAAGAAACAUGUUCUGUGAGUAACAAAAGACCAAGCAAAAACUCCAACAAGCCAAGGCUGUAUGGAAGAUUUGUGAAGGUAAAACAAUCAUCAUUUAUUGCAACAGCAUCUUGACUUAAAGUGUAUGUACAAAUUUUGUUUUAAACAUUACUUUCUGUUUGUUUGAAAAAUCUUUUCUUUUUCUGUUUCAGGCUUCUAGUCAGACACAGGAAAAUAAAACACAAGAAUCAGAUGAUGACUCUGAAUCAGAAAAAGAUUUUUCACAUUUGUGAGUAUUUAAAGAGUAAUAAUUAACUGGUGAUUCUUUAGGUUUUUUACAGUACAUUCCAAAUUUUCCUAUUACAGCUGUAAGACAAAUAAUUAUUUAUAGUAAUAAAAAGGAAUAAGUAUAUUAAUCUUGAAUAAUCAUUAUUCAAGAUUAAGUGGCAUCGCUUUCCAAAAAGGUCUGCCCUUUCAAAGUGUAUUUUGUUGAUAAGCACUCCUCAUCACCUUACAUGUUCCUUACAAGGAACAAUAAUAAAUUGUUCCCCAAAUAUGAAAGUUACAUGUAAGGUGGUGAGGAGUGCUUAUCAACAAAAUACACAUUGAAAGGGGAGACCUUUUUGGAAAGCGAUGCCACUUAAUCUUGAAUAAUUAAUAUACUUACCUGUACCUAAUAUAUUUUGAAUUGAAGUGGGUAAUACCAAUUACUAUAUAAGUACUCCCGUAGUGGUCCUCUAUUGUAAAUGGCUCAAGUCUGUUACACCAGGACAUGAGUAGCCUGCGAAAACAUUCGUUUCUCCUUGCUCUUCACUGCUAGGGAUGUCUUGCGUGGAGGAACAUCUGCGACUCAGCGGCAGAAGAUCCAUACUGAUGAGGCAAAUCAAUGUUUACAUAAUAUGUCUGGUAGUCAUGGAGUUCCAAAUAUAAAUUUGUCCUAUUUUAUGUGUCUUCUGGUCAAUUUUGGUAAAUUGUUGUGUUUAUCUGCCAACCACCUCCAGCAAAACUCAAAUCCUUCUUCUAGAGAAGACUAUAUUCCACAAAUAUUGACUGUUUUGUUAGAGAUUCUUUGUGUUUACAUUUGACCUUUGUGGCCUUUUGUCUUUUGUAUGUCAUUCGUAAACAAUAGCUAAAACAAUGUAACUACUCUAUCGACCAAUCAGCGCUUCUGACCAGAUUCCAGACAGAUUUUACGUCAUCAGUAUGGAAUUUCUGUCGCUGAGUCGCAGACGUUCCUUCGCGCGAAACAUCCCCGGCAGCGAAGGGCGAGGAGAAACAGAUGUUUUCCCAUGCUAGGACAUGAGGGUCUAUGUCUUUUGCUCUUUUGAAAUAAUCCAUUGGGUUCUUUUACAUCUCCUUUGUAACUGAUGGGUGAGGAUGAAGGAGGCAAGGCCAAUGGCUAAAUAAUAUUAAUGUCACCACCCUCAUCUGANAUUUUGUUGAUAAGCACUCCUCAUCACCUUACAUGUUCCUUACAAGGAACAAUAAUAAAUUGUUCCCCAAAUAUGAAAGUUACAUGUAAGGUGGUGAGGAGUGCUUAUCAACAAAAUACACAUUGAAAGGGGAGACCUUUUUGGAAAGCGAUGCCACUUAAUCUUGAAUAAUUAAUAUACUUACCUGUACCUAAUAUAUUUUGAAUUGAAGUGGGUAAUACCAAUUACUAUAUAAGUACUCCCGUAGUGGUCCUCUAUUGUAAAUGGCUCAAGUCUGUUACACCAGGACAUGAGUAGCCUGCGAAAACAUUCGUUUCUCCUUGCUCUUCACUGCUAGGGAUGUCUUGCGUGGAGGAACAUCUGCGACUCAGCGGCAGAAGAUCCAUACUGAUGAGGCAAAUCAAUGUUUACAUAAUAUGUCUGGUAGUCAUGGAGUUCCAAAUAUAAAUUUGUCCUAUUUUAUGUGUCUUCUGGUCAAUUUUGGUAAAUUGUUGUGUUUAUCUGCCAACCACCUCCAGCAAAACUCAAAUCCUUCUUCUAGAGAAGACUAUAUUCCACAAAUAUUGACUGUUUUGUUAGAGAUUCUUUGUGUUUACAUUUGACCUUUGUGGCCUUUUGUCUUUUGUAUGUCAUUCGUAAACAAUAGCUAAAACAAUGUAACUACUCUAUCGACCAAUCAGCGCUUCUGACCAGAUUCCAGACAGAUUUUACGUCAUCAGUAUGGAAUUUCUGUCGCUGAGUCGCAGACGUUCCUUCGCGCGAAACAUCCCCGGCAGCGAAGGGCGAGGAGAAACAGAUGUUUUCCCAUGCUAGGACAUGAGGGUCUAUGUCUUUUGCUCUUUUGAAAUAAUCCAUUGGGUUCUUUUACAUCUCCUUUGUAACUGAUGGGUGAGGAUGAAGGAGGCAAGGCCAAUGGCUAAAUAAUAUUAAUGUCACCACCCUCAUCUGAACUGAUACAAGGUUUUCAUCUCAGCUAGCAUGGUGGUAUCUCUAGAAAUCAAUUUUCAUGCUUAAGUUUGACAGCCAUAAGCAGACUUUUGCAGCCAUAGCCCAAGUAGAAGGCAUGAAAAAUAAUAAUGUAGUAAUAAUAAUACUACUAAUGACACUAAUAUUAUAAUAAUUUUUAUCAUUUUAUAUUUAUCAAUUAUUCCAUGAGUGCAGGUUGGAUAUGAGAUGGUAGAUAGCCAACGAGGCACAUAGUGCCAAGUUGGCUAUAAUCUUGUCUAUAUAUGGAUAUAUUAAAAAUGCCCACAAAACGUCGAGAAUCGUCCGACUUUAUUUGUAAAAACAACUGAUUUUCAGCUUGUUUUUAAUUUUGAGCAGAUGCGUACAGUUACCAUAUUUGGAGAGCAUGGUGUAAUGGCUCAUAUAUCAUGAUGGCUAAGCCAAUCAGAGCUCUAGAAUUGCAUUAUCCAAUGAUUCCGUUUUUAAUAAUAUUCUUGUUAUUAAAUAUUGUUAUUAUUCUUCAUUUUCAGAUGUCCAGAUGAAAGGCUUUUCCAAGCUUGUGGGGGUAGAACAGCUCACAAGUAAGUCAAAAACAUAGUUUUUAAUGCUACAGUGGAGAUAUCAACAGUAUCACUUCCUAGAAAAGUUAUUAUGCAGGAGGCAGCAUGACCGAGUGGUUAGAGCGGUGGUCUUGCAAUUCAGAGGCCUCAAGUCCCGCCCUGAACGCUAGCUGGAUUUGUUCACAGUAGUCCCGAGGCCAAAUCCUCGACCGCUUGUAAAUUAUAAAAUAGCCAACUAGUUUGCCUCCCAGCAGUUAUAUUGGGAUUCUUAACCCCAUUAUGUUUGAUUGAAAUUAUUUGUUUCAGGGAUUUUCUCAGCUCCACUAACGUUAGUACUAUAAAUACUUUGGAGGGCAAAUAAUGGAAAUUUAUCAUUUUAAAUGUUAAUUUUAACCAUGUUUUAGGUCCCUAUAUUCAUUGGUUUACUUACUGGCUCUCACAAAGCUAAAUCUUAAUUUAAAGUUGUAAGCCUCCACAAAAUGAAAUAUUGGAGUGAAGGCAACAAAUUGAUUUUGUUAUCAAGUUAUGAAUUUUGAAGGGAUUAGCAUAAAAUAAUUUUUUGCUCUGAAUAUUUAGUCGGUUUGAUGUCUGCCACUCUCUCAGGUAACAGGCAACCCAGGCAACCCUCCUAAGCUGUACUUUUCCAGGGAAGCUAGAUGGGCAGGACUGUUUUUGAUUCCUGGCUUACUUGUUUUUUGUUUUGUUUAAAUACUAGAGCUGCUCGUCAUGGACUCCUCUUGAAUGGCAAACUACAACGAGUUGAAAAACAGGAAAAAAUGGGGAAUUCAGACGACAGGUACAUUCUACAGAAAUCAUACUUUUACAAUAAAGGCAUGCAGAUGUAGUCACUACUUUGUAAAGAUAUCCGAUCAUUUGCUUUCUCUGUUGCUUAAAGAACUUAGAUUGCGGUCCGUUUGACUAGCAUUUACAAUUUAGAAGGAAAAUACAGUCCAACUUCCAUGCGCGUUAACCUCUUGUAAUCGAUCAUUAUCCAAAUUUCCAAAAAUUUCUACGCCAAGACCUUAUAGUCAGAACUUCGUAUCCAGGACCGCAAACAUUUGUUGGGGUAACGGAUUUAUGCGGCCCUUCUUGGUUUAGCGUGUUGAGGAGAAAGCCGUGUCUUUUACAAGACAGUAGUGUACUACUGUAUUCGCGCUUGUCUGGUCACCAUUCCGUCUGUCUUAUGCUGCUGUUUUAAGGCCAAGUCGCUUGGGCAAUUUACCCUAAACAAGGCAUCACGUGCGCUGUAUGGUUGUUUUUAACCUCUUAUAAGCAAUAAGUUAGCAUAAUCGUGGAAAUCCUUAGGCUCACUGUAAGUCGGUAGCUCGACUCCCGUCAAGUGAAUGAAAUCUAGCGUAACAUUCCAGCUCUUAUAAUUCCUUGUUUUUACACUCGUUAAAGUUUAUUACGCUUAUAAUAACUCUGCCCCGGGGAAAAUUGGAAAUGUUCUCUUCAUCUCCUGGAAUCUUUCUGCUUUGUUCUGUUCAACUUCCAGGCAUAAGAAAGGUAUACUAGCAGGAAAUCAUUGAUUACGGAUUCGCGUUCGUCACUUUAGUCGAAAGGAGUUCAGUUUCCCGGCCGGCCGAGAUGCCCCUGAUAACAUCAAUAGGGACGGCUAAUUUGCAGUCGCCCGUGAUAGCUCGAAAAUUUCCGCCUUAGUGCCACAGGAACACCAGAUUAGGAUGCGUUCUGACGAACGCGAAUAGAUCACGAAAACCACAACCAGCCAAGUACGAUCCGAGCCAUUGAAAAUUUUUGGAACUAGAACUGCUCCCUUUUGUUGAAAAAAAAAAAAAUUACCCGAGCAAACGACGAUUGACGACAAAGUACGGUAGAUAGUUUGUUAACAAGCAUCAUGUGUGUAGCUCCCACAGUUGACCUACAGAUUCCUAGUGUACACAGCCAGCUACACUACAAAUAUUCACAUACGUUCGUCCCUAUCAUUUAUCUGAUACAAGCUUUUCUUAAGGACAGCAGUCGCUAACAAGUAACUUAAUGAGAAGAAAUAGGCUUGUUUGAGUAUUGUAAGAAGGUUGUUUACGGAAACUUUGAUAAGGAUAUUUCCAGAAAAAAAGGGUGUGCGUUGGUUUGGUGAGGGUCUCGCCGUCUCCUCCUCCUGAGAAGCGAAGCUUUUGAACGGCUUCAGUGAUAAGAGAAAUUGUCAGGCUAAUUCUUUCAGUUGAGCAAUUGCUGAAUUUGUACAUAGCUUAUGCAUAUCAUUUUGUAUUUGUAUUCAACUUCUUUAUCCAUUUCUUUUAUUUCCUCUUUUCUCUUUCUGUCUUUUUUAAAAUCUUAUGUUGCCUUGUAACUUGAAAGCCUUCUCAGUUGUGAGAGUUACAAUAAAGUAUCAGUAUGUAUGUGGGUAAUUGUUCGCAGCAGAGCUUCGCCUUACCCAGAGAUUUCUUGGCCUACCUUUCCCUUCAAAACAUUUCAUUUAAAUUCUUUUAUAGCAAGAACAGUUUGUUUAUAAUCGCGUUUUAGGUGCGACACUGAUACUACCGAAAGUUCUGUCUUGGAUCGCAAAUCUUUUGUGGUGGAUGAAAAACAGAGGUGCAAGGAGGCGAAAAGGGACAGUAAAAAGACCAAAAAGGGGAAAAAGAAAAAGAGAAAACACAGAGAAAUGCUUGAAGAGGAAAAUCAUAAAUUUGAUGAAGUAGUUGAUGGCAGAGAUGAUUUAAUUCGAACUCGAACGAAAAACGUUAUGAAUGGAGAGGGUGACAGUAAACUGGAGGUACAUAGUUCUUGCGAAGAUUACGAGAAAGUCAAGAAAGGGAAAAGGAAAAAGAAAUACAGAGACUUACAGGAGGGAAACGAUUACAAACUCGAAGGUGAACGUGAUUCUUGCGGAGACAAGGCCGAAAAGCGGAGAAAGAAGAGGGCAAAAGAUGGAGACUUGCACGAUACAAACGAUGAGGCGUUAAGUGAUAUUUGUUUUUAUACGAAUACUGACCUGGACGAGAAAGGAGCGAAUAGUAAAAAGAGAAAACGUAAAGGUCAACUGGGAGAAAACGAUUACGUAGUUGAAGGUAAAUGUCCUGAUCCCAAAGAUGAUGUGGAUAAGAAGAGAGCGAAAAAGAAAAAGAAAAAAACGUUGAUUUACAGGGAAAGAACGGGACCAAACUUCAAAAAGGUGAUAUAA